AUGCCUGCGUCCUCCCAUGAUAGGGGUGUCAUGCCUCAUGCAUCUUCUAAUGAGACUAUCUGCCGUCAGUAUUUGACGCCUGAGGAGGCAGAUCAAAUUCACCAGCAAUUUCACGAUCCCAAUUUCAGCCAAACCAGGCAGGUCCUAUGGACUGGAGUAGAGCGGGGACUGGCAGAACAGUGGGCUGAUCAACGCGGAAUGCAAACAUUGACGAUGGCCAUGGGAUGUCUGAUGCAGCCUGAGCAUCCUUCCUGUUUAAGAACCAAAAAAUCGAACGACGCAUGGAGUCGGUACGUGAAAGGGGCUUCGGCGAUCUUUGCUCACUACGCGGCACAAGGUCAAGCAAUUACGGUGCUCUCACCACCCCCUCCAGAUCGUUUUCAUCCCUCCGGAUGGACCAAUUUCCAAAUCAUCGAAGAACCCAUUUUGAAAGGGCAAUUUGGGGGUUCUCCCGUGGGGCGGAUUGAAUUGGUCCAUCCGGGAGUUCCAGGAGCAGAGGACUUCCGGUACGAAUUGUGGCCUACCGAUAGGGGGUUGUCAUGGAUGGAAAAGUUUGGUAAGGUUCCGGUCAAAAAGGUAGCCUGGAGACAGGUCACGUUGCGUCUGUAUCGACCGUCGGGGUUAAAUUCUCAAGAAUUCAUGAGAUAUUGCGACACUUGCUCUGACAAGAUAGCGCUGCAAUCGAGCGAUGGAAAGAAGUUGCUUAGUAUUCUCAGUGAGCUAUCUCGCAUUGAAGAUCGAGAAAUGGUGGCAGUCAGAAAGCAAAUAACACAGACGCCAGCAAUGCCACGUCAAAAGGAGGCGAAGAAAAAACCAAUACCUUUGGCAGUAACUGGGGAAUUCAUGGUGUCGAUCACCUCGGCAAAGAAGAAGGAGAAGAAGAGUCAAGCCAAAAAGAGCAAGAAGCCAGAGCCGGCAGCUAGGAAAGUUGCAGGAAAAGGGACGAAAGCGACCGUUAACAAGGUGACCAAGACAAAGGCAGGAGCUAAGAAGGCGGCAAAGAUGGUGAUUAACAAGGCGACUCCUACCAGAGACCUAAUCGAAAUGAGGCAGAAUGAACACGAGAGAAAGAAAAAGAAACCCAAGACGAAGACAAACAAUGCCAAGGCUGGAAAGCUCUGA